AUGGGGCUAAUCGCGUUUAACAGCAUACCUGAUACAACUCUCUUCUUGUCUUUCUUCUACAAAUCCAGUGAGCUGCCGAAAAGACUGACCUGUUUCUGGAUCUCUGACACCAUCGCUGGAAUCGUUGGCUCAUUCCUAGCCUUUGGCUUCCUGCAUAUCACCAAUGCAAGCGGUGGCGGUGCCUGGAGAUAUCUAUUUGCUUACGAGGGUCUCAUAACUGGCGUGAUUGGAAUUAUCGCGUAUUUUUGGAUGCCAGCAUCCCCCGUGCAAACCAAGGGAGGUUUACGCGGAAAGGACGGUUGGUUUACAGGGCAUGAAGAGAAGAUCAUCGUGAAACGCGUUAUUCGGGACGAUCCCAGUAAGGGGAGUAUGCACAACCGACAAGCAGUCACCCCGCGACGCUUUUGGGAGUCAAUCAAGGACUACCACAUGUGGCCCAUUUAUGCUAUCGGUCUAAUCUAG